AUCAGAGAAAGUGCAACAUUGACCAGAGAUGUACUUGAGCAACAUUUUAAUGAUUUGAAAGGGACCCUAAAGAAGCUGUUGGAUGAGCGACUGAUGUCACUGCUGCAGGAAGUGGAUGCUAUAGAACGAGAGAGCAUCAAACCCUUGGAUGAAUGCCAGAAGCUAAUAGAGCACGGGGUCAGUACGGCUGAUGAUCUGCUCCGGGAAGGAGAGAGUGCAGUCCAUGGAGAUGUGGGACAGCAGAACGAGAAACUUUGCAUCUUUACAAAAAAAGCUUUACAAAUUCAGCUAGAUAGCUUACCAGAAGUGCCCUCCUUGGUUGAUGUGCCUUGUUUAUCUGCCCAGCUGGAUGACUGCCUUCUUACUAUAUUGAAAAAUCAAAUAUUCGGGCAUGGAACUGUGGCAUCUCGCCCGCCUGUACAGCUGGAGGAAUUCAUUGAGAAGCCUGGAGGUAUUUUAGUCCGAUGGUGUAAGGUGGAUGAGGACUUCAUACCACAAGAUUACCGACUGCAGUAUCGGAAGGGUACUGCCAGUCACUUUGAAGAUGUGUAUGUUGGCUCGGAGACGGAGUACGUGGUGCUGCACAUCGACCCCAAUGUUGAUUACCAGUUCAGAGUCUGUGCCCGAAGAGAUGGACGGCAGGAAUGGAGCCCGUGGAGUGUUCCUCAGAUCGGCUCUACCACGCUGGUGCCCCAUGAAUGGACAACUGGUUUGGAGGGAUACAGCUUGAGCAGUCGCAGAAACAUCGCACUUCGAAAUGAUUCCCAGUCGUGCGGUGUGCUCUACUCCAAAGCUCCUACUUAUUUCUGUGGGCAAACGUUAACAUUCAGAAUUGAAACUGUGGGACAGCCAGACAGACGAGACAGCCUGGGAGUGUGCGUGGAGCAGCAGAAUGGCUGCGAUUCCUUGCAGCGGGAUAAAGCCGUGUGCAUUAGCACAAAUGGGGCAGUGUUUGUAAAUGGAAAAGAGAUGACAAACCAGCUGCCUGCUGUUACUUCUGGAUCGACAGUGACGUUCGACAUGGAAGUUGUGCACUUGGGGCCUUCCAGCAACGAGGGAGGAAACUUCAAGCUCCGGGUAACCAUUAGCUCCAACAACAGAGAAGUGGUCUUUGACUGGGUACUUGAUCAGUGCUGUGUCUCCUUGUACUUUGGAUGUUCAUUUUCAUACCCAGGCUGGAAAGUUUUGGUGUUCUAGCAGCGAGUAAAGGGAUUUUUGUUCUUGCUCUAAAGUGUUAUGUUAAAACCUGG